AUGGAUUGUUUUUCAAAUGAAUUAGAAGUUAAGAAAAUGGUGAAUGAACUUACCAAGACUGUGAAUGAUGUUACAAGGAGCCUAAAGUCGUGGAGAAAUUCUGAACCUCAUAGGUGUUUUAUGUGUCAAAAAAUAGGUUAUAUUUCUCACAAUUAUCCUAAUAAGCAACAAGUAAAGGGUGAAACAAGUAAAGAGAAGGAAUCAGAACAAAUGAUAAAAUGGACUGACAUGCAUUUUUUUGAGUUCAUAAACAAUCAAGAACAUCAGUCUGUGAGAAAGGGCCUUGGUGAUGAAAGCUUGGUCGAUAACAAUGAUGAUGAGUUAAGUGAUGAAGGAGACAUAUUUAUGGUGAGAAAGUUAGAUAAAGUAGAGAUUGAGAAAUCAGGUGUAAGUAAUAUGCUAGAAAGAGCUGUUAACAAGAAUAAAGUAGAAAUCAGAGAAAUCCUACUUGUAGAUGACCAAAAUUUGGUAAAUAAAUAUUACAAAGGGCAGGUAGUAUAUUGGGAUUUAGAUAAAGAAAGAGAUGGUAGAACAAUUGAAGAGUUGGAUAUGACAAGACUUUGA